AUGAAGGCCGGUCCCUCGAGGCGGCCAGAGUGUUCACAUUGGCCAGCGCGCUGCACAGCAACGACGGCUCGGUGCUCAACAACCUGGCGACCAGCCUGGCCGUCCUGGCUUCCGAGCAGGGGGCUUCCGCCGACUACCUCAUGUGCGAGGAGGGCUCUGGCGGCGGGGCUGCUCGCCCUCGCGCUCGGCCACGCCGCCGCCGCCGACCUCGUCGCCGCCGUCCGCUCCGAGCUGCUCCCGGGCGCAUGCGAGGGCACCGCGGCCGGGCGGCGCGACGUGGCGGCGCUGCUGGCGGGCCCGCCGCAGCCCCGCGAGCACCUGGAGAUGGCCAACGCCGCGUGCUCGAGCCGGUCGGCGCUGGCGGUCCGGCCGACCGCGCGAGAGGCCCAGGCGGAGGCUUGGACGGCACAGCACAUGCUGCAGAUCUGGGUCCUCAUGCGCGUCUGCGGCGUCGUGCUGCUGGAGGAGGUGAUCCCGCAGGAUCUGGUAGCGAGCGUCCGGCAGGCACAGGCCGAUCACUUUGCCCUCUCGCCCAGCACCGCGUGCGCACGCGUUCCAGGAGCUGGACGCUGCGUCGCGCGGAGGGCUACGCCAGGAGGUGAAGCUGCCCCUGAUGCCACCAUUCACGGACCCCAGACUGUGCGCUGGACCGCUGCUGCGUAG